AUGAGGGAGAAUGCCAACACGUAUAGGGGAGAAAUAAGGAAGGUACUUGAACGGAGUUACAAAAGCGAAUACGAGAAAUUGCUGAAGGAGGAGAAGGAGGACGAGGAGGUGAGCGGCCAGGUGCACGAAAAUCUGAAGAUAACGUUCCUUAUGAAGGAGAAUAUAAAUAACUUUUUAUUCACUCGGCCGCAAACCGGCUUCGCCCGAGGGAGCUGCGCCGAGGCGAAGAAUUGUUCCACGUUUAGUGACCAUAUCUUUGCCAACGCGAAGGUGCUGUUGAGCACGAAGAGGGACGCACCAUUUGGGUCAUCCCACACGUUGGAGGAGUGGCCGCAGCAGGAGGGUCAGCAGCAGCAGGAGCGGCAAAACUGCCAGAAGAAGGCAGUAAACGAAGAGGACCACAAUCCCAUGUCGGGGAGCCUAACCGAGGAAGGAGAAGGCGAACAAAAACUGUUCACAAGAAGCAACGUAUCCGCUAUAGAACUCUUCAAACACAACGUUAAUGCAUUCCUCUCAUACAAAAAGGAAAACAUAAUAAAAAAUAACCUACAUGAAGACUUACUCUACGGGAGAGUUAAAGUACACUGGUUUCCCAAAUUUAUGAAAAAAAUAAUUACCAAAAUGGCAGAUUACAUCAAAAUUAGUGAUGUGAUAGUAGAAGUGAGAAAUGGAAUCAUCCCUUUCGUGUUCGACGAUUUACACGCAUUAGACCUUUUUAAUUUUAGGACAAAUAAACCGAAGAUAAUUGUCUACACGAAUUGUGAUCGGUCUUCCAUUAAAGGGAAUGAAGAAUGGGGGAGCUACUACAGGAGGAAGCUCUUUUGGUACGAUAAAAAUUUCAAUAAAAAAUUGGAAAACAAAGAGGGCAUGCAGAAUCAACUCAAAAAAAGUGCUGUCAUUUUUGUGGAUGCGAAAAAUGGGAAGAAAGAAAUUAUUGUUUUAAAAAAUUAAAUGUAUGACAUAUACAACGUGGCGGAGACUCUCCUACAGAAUAUCCACCGUGCUUAUCUUUACGACAAUGACUAUGUGGACAUGGCUAGAAUUAUCAAGAGAUAUCAAAUUAGUUUCACUGACUGUGUUGACUUUGAGGGUAAAUUCUCCGCGUACCAUUUCAUUCAGCGCUUGGCGCGGGAUCGCUUCCACAACGACUUGAACCAGGCCUCCAUGCGCCUCGUCACGGACUUUCGCAAGAGCUACCUGGGCCGCAUGACGCUCAGCUACCCUCUCUACUUCAACCGGCCCUUUUUUGUUUGCUUCACCGGGGCGAAGUCUUUUUUGUUUAGCCGCACUUACGUACGUGUUAAUUAA